AUGAUAAAGAAUAUUGUCGUUUUCUUUCUUUUCACGGUGGCUUUAGUGGGGGCUGAGGUUCCAAGGGUCGCGUUACCACCACCAGGACCUUCUAGAUAUUACAUUCAUGUGGUUAACGGGCUAAGCAAACUUGGGUUGCUUGUGCAUUGUCAGUCUAAAGACGAUGACUUGGGGUAUCAUCGUUUGCUUAAUCAUGGAGAUGAUUACCAAUGGAACUUCAAGGUUAACUUUUGGGGAACAACUCUCUAUUGGUGCAAAUUAGAGACGCCACAUGCAUCUGUCUCUUUUGAAAGCUUUUGGCCUGAAACGCAGCACUUAUGGCUCCGUGAUAGGUGCAAACAUGGAACU